CGCGCUGGGUGGCUUCCUGAGUGGUUGGCGGCAGCGGCCAUUUUGUGGAGCUUCCGAUUGCAGCCCAGCCCCCUCCCCCUCCGCUGCCCGGUCUCUCCUCCUCCUCCGGCCCCGGUCUCUUCGGGCCUCUGGCGUCCCUUGUGCUGCUGCAGCAGAGCCCCUGGGGCCCUGACGGACGGCAGCCUCCCUGCGGUGCCCGGGGCCCGCUCUGCGAGCCGCCCUCCUUCCCCCCCGACAUGGAAGACGACGGGCAGCCCAAGACCCUGUUUCUAUACUAUGCCUGUCAAUACAGCAUAAGUGAUGUCUCAUGAAUUAGGGAGACAGCCUAUAGAGUUAUGUAGGAAAUCUUUCCAGAGACGUUACUGAGGUGCUUAUACUUCAGUUGUUCAGUCAAAUUGGACCCUGCAAAAGCUGUAAAAUGAUAACAGAGAUUUGGAACUGAGCAUUCUUAUCUGAGACACUCAGCUCUAAUAAUAAUAGAGAAGAGGCUGUCCUUUCCAUGAACACCAAGUUAACUGUCCCAUUUCAUCUGACACAACUAUGAGGAAUGCAACCCGAUAGCAGAAGGGUCAACUCUUCUGUUGGAUUUUCUGUUUUGCAGCAUACAAGCAAUGACCCUUAUUGCUUUGUGGAAUUUUAUGAACACAGGGAUGCAGCUGCUGCAUUAGCUGCAAUGAAUGGGAGAAAAAUUUUGGGAAAGGAAGUAAAAGUUAAUUGGGCAACAACACCAAGUAGCCAGAAAAAAGAUACAUCAAAUCACUUCCAUGUGUUUGUGGGAGACUUAAGUCCAGAAAUAACAACGGAAGAUAUCAAGUCAGCAUUUGCUCCUUUUGGUAAAAUAUCGGAUGCACGGGUAGUUAAAGAUAUGGCAACAGGAAAAUCAAAAGGAUAUGGCUUUGUAUCAUUUUACAAUAAACUAGAUGCAGAAAAUGCAAUUGUGCACAUGGGAGGCCAGUGGCUAGGUGGUCGUCAAAUCAGAACUAACUGGGCAACACGAAAGCCGCCUGCCCCCAAAAGUACACAAGAAAACAACACAAAACAAUUGAGAUUUGAAGAUGUAGUAAAUCAGUCAAGUCCUAAAAACUGUACAGUCUAUUGUGGAGGAAUUGCUUCCGGCUUAACAGAUCAGUUGAUGAGACAGACAUUUUCACCUUUUGGACAAAUUUUGGAAACAAGAGCUUUUCCAGGAAAAGGCUAUUCAUUUGUAAGGUUUUCAACUCAUGAAAGUGCAGCACAUGCCAUUGUUUCAGUCAAUGGUACUACAAUUGAAGGACAUGUUGUUAAAUGCUAUUGGGGUAAAGAAUCACCUGAUAUGACAAAAAGCUUCCAACAGGUAGAUUACAGUCAGUGGGGGCAGUGGAGUCAAGUGUAUGGGAAUCCACAACAGUAUGGACAAUAUGUAGCCAACGGAUGGCAAGUACCAUCGUAUGGAAUGUAUGGACAAGCAUGGAAUCAGCAAGGAUUUGGUGUAGAUCAAACACCAUCUGCAGCCUGGAUGAGUGGAUUUGGUGCUCAGCCUGCCCAGGGACAAGCUGCUCCUGUAAUACCUAAUCAGGCUGGAUAUGUGUUUUACAUCACAGAUUUUAAGAAAAAUGACAUUAAAGAUGCUUUUAGUUGAACAUUAAAACCUGACGUUUUGGCUGUGGACCAAACAUUGCAUCAACGAAGACAGUGUUUUCUUCAGUAACCACAAAGCCAUCAGAAGAUAUACUCGUGGAAAUAGCUUUUUAGUUUUUUUCUAUAUGUUUUGAAGAAACUGAAGCCUAGUAUAAAUGUUUCAGUCUUUGCUGGAAAACAUUACUGUCUAGCUGUCUACAGUACUUGAGCAAAUAUUUGCUAUAUACAUUCAGGAGCAUAUUUCAGAAAAGCUGAAAUCUAGUUUGCUUGAAGUGCUAAAAUGCAUUUGAUUUGGUAUUUUGAAAAGUAUGCUGCUUAGGCAGUCAUACUGAUUGUUUUACAUAGAAGUUUGUACCAAACUACAGUGUUACAAAAGCAUGCUCAAACAUAAAAGUACCAAUGUAAUUAUUCAACAUAAUGCUUCUUUACAUAAUACUGAACAUAAUUCUACUGCUCUGUUUGCAGUAGAUUGACAAGAAUGUGCAAGUCUGACACUUCCAAAGUUAACUAUUAUUUAAAAUGAAAAGUUACUCUACAAAGAGCCUUAAUUUUAAAUUCAUAAAUUUUUAAUUCAAUUCUUUUUUUCACUAGAAUCUGGUUUAUUCUGUUUUAUGUUACUUAUUAUGUAAAUACUUUGGUUGACAACCUUGUAUACCUACCUGAAGUUCCUAAAAGUUGUAUAGUAUCUGAGUGUUUAAAAAAGAACUUGGAUUUUUUUAAAGUCUAGAAGUAUUUAGCCCAAUGAUUUUUUUAACCAGAUUGUUAAAAACGUUAUUUUAGACAUUCUUCAGUAUGCCGUUUGGUUAACAGAUAUGCAGUUGGACAAGUAUUCUGAGUUGUGGCUUAUACUUAGUUUAAUUAUUUUAUUAUUUUUUUGUAUUUUUGAAUGGCUUGCAUGUGACAAACCUGUACAGAGGCUGGGUUGUUUGUGCACUGAGUAGUUUCAGGAUAAAAUCAUGAAGUUGCUCAAAUGGUAUACCCGGAGUUAUUUCUCACUUUAUGCUUAGAUUGAUACAACUGCCUCAAUAAAUUUUAAGUUGAAAAUGAAUGUAAGAUAAGAUAGAAAAAUGUGUGUUAAACAUAUGACAGCUAGGUGGUGCAGAUGCUUCAUCUCUGAAUUUGAACAUACUGAAGCCAUCACUGAGCUGAACAGUCUGUUCCAUCAACAAUAAUAAAAAGAGGCCUCUGUUUUGGUGGACUCCAUUCCCAGAAAAAUAUGGAGAAGCCUUGCCUUUUUGAUUUAUUUCCUAAAAUAUUAAUUUUAGGCUUCUGUGACAUAGACUUGCAUAUAGCACAAUUAAAAGAAAAAAAUGUA